AUGUGGAUCAAGCUGGUAUUAUCAUUUCAGGGAAGAGCUCUUGCUCUUCUUCUGGCAGUAAUAUCAUCGUUUUCAGCAGGAGAAGCCCACCAGUACGGCCCCCAAAGAUGUGAGAACGAGCCUUCUGUGAAGAUCUCUCAACUGUUUAGUCUUCGUCAACUCCGCAUGGAAAAAAUGGAAAAAGUCAACACUUUAAAUGAAGACAUAACAGAGGCACUCGUGUCAAUCAAUAGUACACUGGAAGAAGUGGAAGAAAUAGACGUCGCCCUACAGAGCAUGUUUACACCUGAGCUUGAAGAGAUAAACUUUUCGCAAGCCUGUAUCAUCGAUAUUCCACGAGAUUGUUGCGAGAUAAAGCAAAUGUUUCCAUCAGCAAAAUCGGGACUUUUUGCAAUCAGAGAUCCGUGUUCAACUGGUAGCGACCUAUACAGCACCGCAAGACUUACUGUGUACUGUGACAUGGAGACAGAUGGUGGAGGGUGGAUUGUAAUCCAACGACGUAAUGCCAGUAUGGGAUGGGUUAACUUUUUUAGGAAUUGGGCAGACUACGAGAAUGGUUUCGGUGAUUUAGAUGGUGAAUUUUGGAUCGGACUCAAAAAUAUACACGAGCUAACAAAUCAGCAGAGGAUGGCUUUAAGGCUAUCGGUAUGGAAUGAUACCGUGCAUUAUGUCAACUGGAAUUACCCAUUUUUCAGAAUAUCUGAUGGACACGAUAGGUACGCACUUACACGACAUAUUGGAAGUGGUAGUGGUGAAGGUAGUGACACCAAAGCGUUUCUUCAUGAGGGGAAUGCAAGGUAUUACUUUACCACCUUUGACUACUAUACUGGACAGUAUCAGAGUAACUGUGGGUUUAGACGACAGAGUGGUUGGUGGUACUAUGAUGGUCUCUGUGGUAUGCCUGUCAAUCCAAAUGGUCUUCACCAGCCAAGUGGCCUUCGUGAAACUGAGGGGAAAGUGUUAGUUCUACUUUUGGCAGUAAUAUCAUCAGUGUUCAUUGUGGGACAAGCAGCCAAGUACAGCCCCCCAGAAUGUGACAACGAAUCGGCCCUAAAGAUAUCCGAGUUAUUUGCUCUUCAUCAUCGUCGCACGAGUAAAUUGGGGAGGUUGAGCGAGUUGUGGGCCUCACUGAAUAGUACACUUAGAGAGCUGGAAGAAACAGACGCAGGAAUUGAGAAUUUGACCACACCCGAGCUAACUGAACUGGACCUGUCGCAAAUGUGCAACACCAAUAUUCCAAGAGAUUGUUGCCAGAUAAAGCAAAUGUUUCCAUCAGCUAAAUCAGGACUCUAUGCAAUUAGGGAUCCGUGCUUGGUUGGUGAUAAGUUGUUUAGCAGCUCGAGAUUGAUUGUGUACUGUGACAUGGAGACAGAUGGUGGAGGGUGGAUUGUAAUCCAACGACGUAAUGCCAGUAUGGGAUGGGUUAACUUUGCUCGGGGCUGGGCUGAUUACGAGAAAGGUUUCGGUGACAUAGACGGUGAAUUUUGGAUCGGACUUAAAAACAUCUACGAACUAUCAAAUCAACAAAGGGUUGCAUUAAGACUAUCGGUUUGGAAUGACACGGAGAAUUCUACAAUCAACUGGGUUUACCCUUUCUUCAAUAUAUCCGGUGCGACUGAUAAGUAUGCACUCACACCAAGCAUUGGUCGAGGAAGUGGGGACGGAGAUUACCGACUGUUUACUUAUGAAGGGAAUCUUCAUUAUUACUUCACCACUUACGACUACUACCAUACUACAACCAACUGUGGUUAUAAAAGACAGAGCGGUUGGUGGUACUACAGUGGAAUAAAUGGGCCGUGCAGUGCAGAUGCUAAUCUCAAUGGUCUCCACCAACCAAGUGGUCUUCGCAGUACUGACAAAGUGAGGGAGAGGCUUGUGUGGAGGACGACCGUGAGAGGUUACACUGUUUUCACUCACUCGGAGAUGAAGAUUCGUCCACAGUCAUGCCAACUCUAACAUGACAUUGAAAAAGACAGUUGCAAAGGACUUUUGUUGUAGCAAUGUAGGGUAAUACACAUUAUACAGUGUACUGGUGUCG